GCAGUGCAACCAUGGCCGCUCAUUGGUUAAAACUGACACCGUCACUUCCUUCUUUCUCUUUGACUGUCGCCAUAGUGGGGAAGAGGCUGUGGGAAAAAUGUCGUCUCACAAGACAUUCAGGAUUAAACGCUUCCUCGCCAAAAAGCAGAAACAGAACAGACCAAUUCCUCAAUGGAUCAGAAUGAAAACCGGCAACAAAAUCAGGUACAACUCCAAGAGGAGACACUGGAGAAGGACCAAGCUUGGCCUGUAAACAUGAGGGUUCCUUGAUCCCAGCAUUGUCUGAACAGCUGCCAGAAUCUCCAGCUGCUGGGAGUGACCAUAUUACCUGGAGCAGCAAUGUUUUUGUACAUACUCCGGUUAUGCUCAUGUUUAAUAAAAGAACCAUGAAAAUACA